AGAGAAGAGAAGAGAAAAAAAAAUGGCAUCUUGGAAUUCAGUUCCACUCCAAGUCACUUAUGAAUUUCUGGGUUGGUUCGCUUUCCUUUCAUGGUCCAUCAGCUUCUACCCUCAAGUCAUCUUGAAUUUUCGAAGGAAGAGCGUGGUGGGACUCAACUUUGAUUUCGUGCUGUUGAAUUUGACCAAGCACAGUUCCUAUCUCAUAUACAAUGCUUCUCUCUACUUCAGCUCUGCUAUUCAGAAGCAAUACUUUGAGAAAUACGGUUAUGGGCAGAUGAUACCUGUGGCAGCAAAUGAUGUUGCUUUCUCAAUCCAUGCUGUUCUGCUGACAGCAAUUACAUUAUUCCAGAUUGCAAUCUAUGAACGUGGAAGCCAGAAAGUGUCGAAAACUGCUAUUGCAAUUGUCUCUGUUGCUUGGCUAACUGCUGCAGUUUGUUUCUUUAUUGCUUUGUCUAAUCAUUCCUGGCUUUGGCUUCUUUCCAUCUUCAACUCGAUUCAAGUACUUAUGACUACUGUAAAGUAUAUUCCCCAGGCAAGCAUGAACUUCGUAAGAAAAAGUACUGACGGCUUUAGCAUUGGCAACAUUCUGCUUGAUUUUUCUGGAGGAGUAGCGAAUUACGGACAGAUGGUUGUGCAAUCAGUAGAUCAAGAUUCAUGGGUUAACUUCUAUGGGAAUAUUGGAAAAGUGCUGUUAUCUCUGGUAUCUAUAUUCUUUGACAUAAUUUUCAUUAUUCAACAUUAUGUUCUGUAUCCUUCUAAAAAGUCCUCCAAGUUGGUGAACUCUACAGAGCAUGAAGAUCAAAUCACACAGCACCUUGUCAGGCCUUCUGAUCAAUCACCGCCAGAGAAUGUGUAAGACAUGAUUUGGUUCAAAAUGUGUAUUAAACUUCCCAUAGAUUGAUACAGGUAUCAAAACCAUGCACCAGGAGCACCAUUUAGCUUAGCUUCAAUAAACUUUGUUGUACAAAUUUUUAGGAUUAUAGCCUCAUCAUCACAUUCUUUACAGUAAUUUGUUUGAAAUUUUUUUUUAGGAUUAUAGCUUCAAUAUUAUUGUCAAGCUACUGAAUUCCUUAGUUGGUGGCUGUGGCAAAAGAUCAAAUUAAAACAGAAAUGUAUACCUAAUUAAGCUAAAGUAUAAUGUUGUUUGAAAUUUCCUACAAUAUUCCUCUGCUAGUGCUCAUUGAACGAAAUAUACUGCCUCCGUUAAAAUAUCUUCGGUACUCUCGCAGUAUUGAAGACUCAUACAUCCUUUACUAAAUUUGAAAAAAAGUAAUAUAAUUCACUUUUCCCUAUUACCCACCCUUUUAUGGUUAUUGCCAUCUAAAUCCAACCUUUUCCAAUUUUUAGUAAGGGAGUACGUACUCAUAUAAUACCAAAGAUGAUAUGCUCAUAGGGUAGAUGUCCCACUUGAAUGCUUUCUCCUGGUCAAAGAAUCAAAGUGUAUGUUACUUAGCUACCAAUACUAUCCGCAAUGAAAAAUACAAGGCGUGCGUUUCCAAUUUUUGACAAGUGUGGUUUGUCUAAUAUUAAUGUUUCCUUGCAGAUGUUGAAUCUCAUUAGAUAAGGCUCUUAUGACUUCUGAAUGCUAUUAGUGGUGUUGGCUUCCUUUAUUGCAGCAAGAAGUUAUAGUUAUUU